AUGGCAUCUGAAAAGUUUCGCAUCGCCAUCAUCGGCUCCGGACCAAUUGGUAAGCUGCUUGCGUGCUCUGCAGCUCCGCAUCCACGCAUUGAAUUCACGCAAUAUGAAGCCGACGUUCUGCCCUUACGACCGUCAUUUGGGUACGGCAUUGGACCACAGACUUUCCACGCAGCUCAAGUACUCAACCCAGCGGCUGGCAAACGAUUCUACGAGGAGUCCUUCAAGGAUACCAUCUGGAUGCGAUGGUGGCACGGUGGCGAGGAGGAUAAAAUCAUUGCUAAUGUCGACAUGAUUGAAGGUCGCGUGUUUGGCAGGCUGGGUCGGGAGGAGCUCAUGAAUCUUCUGGAUGACAUGCUACCAGAGGGCAUGAGUAAAGACCAGAUCCAGUACGGUAGGCGUUUAGUUGACGUGCGGAAAACUGGCCCUCAGCAACUGGAACUGGUAUUCGAGGACGGCUCCAAGGAUCUUGCUAAUGCAGUAUGGGCGGCUGAUGGUGUGAAUUCAUUAUGUCGUAAGCUUGUGCAAGGCGAGGCUUAUCGAUCGCCGAGCUAUACUGGCAUGCUUGCCUAUCGCGGCAAAGUGGACGCCAGGAGGGUGGCGGACCUGGUUGGAGAACCGUUUUCGAAAGAGACCUAUAUGUUCAUCGGCGUCAAGGGGUGGCAUAUGCUUAUCUUUCCCAUUGAGCACGGCAAAUUUGUAAAUAUAGCAGCAUUUUGUGUGGAGCCGGAGGAAAAGCGGUUCAAACGCGAUGAAAAAGUGACACUGGAACAGCUGCUGAGCUACUAUCCAGAGCGAAACUCUAAAGUAGAUGCAUUGCUGAAGCUCGUGCACAGUGACACUCGAGGUGGCUGCCAGCGGCUCAACAUCACGCACAUGGAGAAGCUUGACACACUUGUCGACCCAGAGCUUUGCAUAACCCUCUUUGGCGAUGCAGCAAAUGCCAUGACUCCGCAUAUAGCAGGAUCUAUGUCGUGUGGCUUUAUUGGUUGUACGACCUUCUUGCAUGAAGAGUGGAACCAGCGUAUCCGGACUGGAAUGCUCCCUGCAGAUGUUUCCAAUACCCAGAUUGCAGAUGCCCUGGUUGAAGCUUCAAAAGCAUAUGAAGUAAAGCAUCUCCCCCUGGCCCAGAAGUUGGUUGAUAUCUCUGCCGAACAAGGCCCGAUGUGGAGUGGUGGCAUUACGGACGUGUCGUUGCUUAAAGAACGACCACUAUUCCUGUGGCGUUCAGCAGAUGACAAGCACCGAGAAAGCUCAUAG